CAGUUUCCUUCAUCAAAUGAAUCGAAUAAAAAGCAUUUAUCGCUCAUUCCUGCGUUUUUACGGUUGGUUGGGGUACGAUUACAGUCUCAAUAGACGCCAACCUGUAUUACGUUUUUUGUUGAAUAUUUUUAUACCCGUGGUAGUUUUGGUGAUUUUAUUUUCAACAAGAAUCCCGCUGCUGACGGAUGAACUGGGACCGUUGAAUGAUUUUUUUCAAACUAUCAGCAUAUUGCAUCACUUACAUUUCGUUCAUGUUCGAAGCUUGGCAGAACUGUUCUCACUUUCACUCCUUUUGGAUAAAUUUUGAACAAUUAUACGUCCGGAUUUCUCGCCUAACUGAGGAGAGACUUUUGCGACAAGAAUUUAUUAAUUUCCACAAAACUUACUUGUUGCUUUUCAUCUUGACCGUGCCACUCAGUUUUAUUAUGAAUCUAGUUUACAUUUUAUUUGCGCAAAUGGAUGGCCAUUUCACAGAGCUUGUUAUUAUCGAAUUAGCUUUCAUUAAAAUUUUUAUUAGAAUUCGACAUUAUCAUAUAGUGCUUUAUGUACAGAUGAUAACAAUUUUGUCAAAAGAACUUGAAAUACAAAUUGAGAUUUGUACAAACAAUAGAAAUUACCAAACCCGUUUGCAUACUAUUAAGGAGAUACACUUGAAGUUGUUCUUUUUGUCUGAUCAGUUUCAAACGAUUUUCAAUAAAUCUCUGCUAUUGUUGGUUGCUGUGUGGCACUUUGAUAUGCUUGCAAACUCUUAUUGGUUCAUACAUUCCAUAAACUUAUAUGGUCAGAAAUAUACGAUUCUUCAAUUGCUUCCAUUGGUGUUCAACACUUUAAGCUUGGCGCUGAUGAUCAAAUAUUGCGAAAAGUUGAGGAAAGUGCGUCGAUCCACUGCAGCUAGAAUAGAUGGCCAGAAAGUACAAUUGUGGAACUCUGAAAACUACUUGCAUCAGUUGUCAAUUAGCUGCAUAAAUCAAUUCAGAGCACUUGAUAGCAAAUUGCUGGCAAUGGGCUGCGUAGAGGUAUCCUAUAAUCCAAUAGCUUCAAUUAUCGUUUCAGUAUGUACCUAUCUGGCAUUUUUCAUCGAAAUUGGUAGCCGCAGUAUGAGAUAAGAAAUAAAUUCCCAUGCCUCUUUUAUUCAGCAAAUUGCAA